AAUUCCUCUUUUUUUUCGAACUGGAGUGUUGAGUCUUCUAGUGGGAGAUGUGCAUUUUCCUGUGUCUGUAUCAACUGUUUAAAGAAGGAAGAGAAAAGAGCAAAGCUUGCAGAGGCUGCAGAAAGAAGACAGAAGGAGGCUGCAUCUCGGGGCAUUUUGGAUGCUCAGUCUGUGGAACAAAAGAGAAAGCGGAAGGAAAAAAUAGAAAAACAAAUCGCUACAUCAGGGGCUCCACCUGAAGGUGGACUUAGAUGGACCGUUUCAUAAAGGAUAAUAUGAGUGAGAGUCUCCUGCCAGUAACUAGUAUCUGCAAUCAAGUGGACAUCCUCCAUUUAACUUACUCUCUUUGAAUAAAUGGAGAUUUAGACUUUGUAAUGUUAGUGCCAUUAAACGCAGUGCUCUUUCAGUAUGGAAAUAUUAAACAUGCUUUUGAUUUCCAGACUUA